AAAUAUGCCUCGAACCUAUCUCCCUUCUUCUGGAUCUGGGAAGAGUAGAACAAAUGUAGGAGGAGAUGGGUUAGGUUGGAGACCAAGUACUCAGAUUGAUGACUCUGACGAAGAAGAAGAACCUGUUCGGUUGAAAAAUAGAAGAAAGCGUCCACCUCUGCUGCCCUCAAGCCAGAUAGUAUCUCCAGUAUUCAACCCUGGAAUGGAAGAUGAUCCGUUCGAUCAGUUGUUCCAGAAUAUGAACACAGAGAAGAUCAAAGCGCCAGGACGGGAUCCUCUCUCCUUCUCUUCAGCAAACACUACAGCUCAAUCAAACCACUCAGAGAACGGAUUUGGUUUGUUCCAAUCUUUCUCAGAUGAACCAGUCCUGGUUCAAAAGAAGAAACCGACCCGGAGUUACAAAUCCGGUAAGACUAAAAAACAGGAACUAAAAGAGAAGACGGAGAAGGAAAACAGAAUUCUAACUCCACCGCAUUCUGCCACACUUCUCCGAGGUCUUAAGUUCUCCACAAAUAUUUCCUCUCUACAGAACCUAAAUAGUCCUUCCAUUAACACCCAAACAUCGGAUUCAGUAUUCUCUCCUCAAGUCAGCAAUAAAACAUCGCCAAAUAAUUUGGUUUUUCCAAGUGCUUCUAAAAGUAGUAUCCGAGCCAGAACCCCACAGACUAUAAGUUCUCCUGAUCUCUUCUUCCAGACUCCAGGACCACAAAAAACCAUUUUAUGUGUUACUUCUACUCCACUCGUGGGAUCUGUCGGGCCACAGGAUAUUUCGCUCAGUCCCUCCGACCCAAACCCAGAGAAAAGCAUUGAAAUUAUAUUUCUGGAAAGCCCUGAUACUAUCUCUGGAAAAAGCAAAACGUUGGACAAAGAUGAAGAUGCAAAGACUAAUAAAUCUUCUUCUGGUGAAGAUGUUUUUAUUUCUGUCUCCGAGUCCUCUCCGGGUAAGCUUGCAGUAGUCCCAGCUCCCAGAGCAAAGAUCUUAUCUUCUAACGAAAUUAUCUCUGCUACCCCAGACAAAAUGGUUACCAUGGAGAGAGGACGGAAAAAGUUUGCAGGACCUGCUCUAAGUAUGAUGGGACACUUCAAAUGGAAGGUUACAAUGAAAUCUGUAAAUAUGCUCUCAGAACUUAAUGAGAUGAGUCUAAAUUCAGAUACAGGUCCUGCGUCUUGUGAGAAAAAGAUAAUUCGUCCUUCCUCCUUCAAUAAAACAGAAUCUUCAAGAUUAGGUUUAAAAUCUGUGAGCACCAGAUCAACCCGAAAUCAAUUGGAGGAUCAAUCAGUUUCUAUCAGCAACUACUCACAGUCCUCUCAGACCGGGUCUAGAACAGGAAUGUCGACUAGGAGUCAAAACUCAAACUUUUCCGACACUAAAUCUAAACAAGAAGUUUCUGAAAACUUAAAUCCAGUUAAAGAUCAAUCAAAUGAAGACGUUUUUGAUGGAAGUAACCAUUCUCAGUCCUCUCAGACAGAAUGUAGAACAGGAGUUUCGACUAGAAGUCGAAACUCAAACUUUUCCGACACGAAAUCUAAACAAGAAGUUUCUGAAAACAGAAAUCCAGUUGAAGAUCAAUCAACUGAAGAUGUUUUUGAUGGAGGUAACCAUUCUCAGUCCUCUGAGACAGAAUGUAGAACAGGAGUUUCGACCAGGAGUCAAAACUCUAACUUUUCAGACACAAAAUCUCAACAAGAAGUUUCCAAAUCGGGCUCAAAUAUCUUAAUGACUAGAUCCGGAAGUAAAUUUUCUCUGGCAUCCUCUGAUACAUCAGUCGGGUUUGAAAAUUCUCAGCAGGUCGAACCUGAGCAGAGCUUUGAUUACAGGGAUGCAAUGGGGUGCGUGUGUGGAGAAGAUGAGAGAGGAGAUAAAACCCUAAUUAUGUGCGAUAGAUGUGGAUUAUAUUUACAUGCUGAUUGUGUAGGAUUUACUGAAGAAGAUCUUGACGAGAUUGAGAGAUUAAAUCCUGAAUGGUUGUGUCCGUAUUGUGUAGAGGAGUGUAAAAUCUCAGACAUGUCUUACAGCUUCUUGGAGAACCACGCUUCUAAACUUAAUCUAGAAACUGAAGACUGGCAUACAUCUAUCCAUACAGAUCCAGGAAGCAAUGCUACUCCAGAACGAUCCUCUGAGAAAGAAACUAUCUCUGUCGAAGACGUUGAACCCGAGGUUAAACAGGAACCGCAGGGAGAAUUUACCUUUCAAAAGGAUAGUUUUAACACCCAGGAAAGAAGUAUUCUAUCCAACCCUACAUACCAUUUAUCUGAUACGGAGGAGUUUGUUGUAAAACCUGGAAAGAAUUGGCGACGAUCUCUGUCAACCAACAUAUCACGAGGAUUAAAUCUAUCUCAGUCUAGACGUACAACCAUGACUUCUUUUAAUUAUUCUGCGCUUCAUACUAAUCUUGAACCUACUAAAACAGACUUCACUAUCCCAGCAAUUCCAACAGGGGGAAGGAAAUCUAAGCGGUCUACUAGUAGAUCAACCAUACUUCAGAUUCGUAAAUCCACAGCACCGCAAACCUUAUUAGAGGAAGAUGAGGACGAGGAUACUGGAGAAACUAUGUCGGACUAUAAUACAAUACUUUCAUCUAGAAAGGUUCGAUCUAGUUUUUAUAUUGUUCAUGACGAAUCCAAGGAUAAAGAUAAGUCAGAGCUACCCGACAGCUCAGUUCUCCUUAAACCUGACCUAACGGAUAUAGAGAAGCUGUUGAGCAAGUGUUCAAAGAUAAACGUUGUUGAGUUUGGAGAUGUAUACGGUGAAGAUUGUAUGGCAGCUUCCAAGAAGGUUGGAGAAGGAGCUUUUGGUGAAGUUUAUCUAAUCGGAGCCAGCUCCGGUGAGAAUCCUGUUCUCAAGGUUGUUCCUAUCGGUGGAACUGUGAAGGUGAAUGACGAGGAGCAAACCAGUUUAUCGGAUAUGAUGUCAGAGGUUGUAAUUUCAACUUCUUUAUCCAAUCUUCGUUUCGGCAAACUAAACAAAACUUCAGGUUUUGUUGAGGUUCGGAACUGUAUUGUAUUUAAGGGUGAGUAUCCACCAAAGUUGCUCCAACUAUGGGAUGAUUUUGACGCAGAGAAAACCUCGGAGAACAUCCGUCCUGACUACCUACCUGUAGAUCAGCUAUACGUGAGCCUGGAGUUUAACAACGGAGGACGUGACCUGGAGAAAUAUGAGUUCAAAAACGCGACACAAGCUCUCUCCGCAUGGGUUCAAGUUGUUCACACAUUGGCAGUAGCAGAGGAGGCGCUCAACUUCGAGCACAGAGAUCUUCAUUGGGGGAAUAUUCUUAUUAAAGAAAGUGGAAACAAAACUGUGACAUUUUUUCUGGAUGGUGAUCAGUAUACGGUGGAAACAGGAGGAGUGGAAACUACGAUUAUAGACUUCUCUCUCUCUAGGCUCACCAGCGAGGAAGAUAAAUGUACAAUUUUUAACAAUUUGGCAACGGAUCCAACUCUUUUCUCCGCCAUAGGUCAGGACCGAGGCGGGGAUUAUCAGUUUGAUAUCUACCGGAAGAUGAGAACGGAGAACAGAAAUAACUGGGAAGAAUUUAAUCCAAAAACAAAUAUAUUCUGGCUCCAUUAUAUCCUGGAGAAGAUGAUAACUGAAGUCUAUUACAAGGGUAAAAAGAACUCUAAACCUCAUAAGAGUGGUUUAGCUCGUCUCAGGAUCAUGAAACAAAACCUUCUCGAGUUCUCUUCAGCUAGAGAUUGGGUUAGGAGAGAAGGAACGAGAGAAGCAUAGAAACCUGGAGAUUUUUUUAAUAUAACAGUCAUCGUUUGUUUUUAUGAAAAUGCAGGGGUAUAUAUUUUCUUAAAUAAUCGUUCCUCUUCCAUCUUGGAAAUAAUUUUCCCCCAAAAAAAGUAAUGUUUAACGAGUAACUUAAUAAAAAUUCUGAUUAUAAGUUUUUUUGAUGCAAUAUUAACUCCAAUUACAUAGAGAAUCAAAAAUGAUUUAUAAAUCCAAAUUUAAUAAAUAAUAUGUUUUCCGGAAAAUCUCCGCAUGUACUCUAUUAAAAGUAAAGCACACACCGUAGAAUUAUCAAACAGUGAAUAUAUAUCUCUAGCAUGGUCACCUAAUCAACUUCUAAUCAACUUGUAUGUAUUAUUUGUCAAACUAUAACGUUCCAUUGUACCAUUUAAAUAUGUAAUUUAUGAACAGAAAUUAUAUUUUAAUAUUAUUCUUCCA